AAAGUCAACUGACUUCCAAAUGGAAGAAGAACCAAGUCUUUCAGUCGAAGAAGCAACACUUUCCACUGAACAGUUUCCUAAUGCAGAUAAAACGGAUUCAGCUGGAAGCUCAGCUGAUUACGAAAAUCAUGAUACAACAGAAGAACUCACCGUUUCACAUGAAUUACAGCAUACAGAAAACACAUCUGUUACUGAUAAACAACCAGAUGAACAGAGUAGUACAGAAAAAGCUAAAACUAAUCUGGUUGACAGACCAGAACAUGAAGUCGAUGUUAACCCCGUUCCAAAAUGUACAACACAUGAGCCUGAUAUACAUCUCUCUAAUUUGAUGGCAGCCAAAGAAAUAUCAAAUGUAGAUAUGAGCGAGGCAGGAGUGUUUGGAUAUGAGGAAGAAGAUACACCAGAUAAUACUUCCAAAAUUGAGGAGAUUGUUAGCUCCAAAGGAGAGGAAGGUGUUAAAGUAUCAGAACUAGUUGAGAGCCUUCAAUAUUUUGCUCUUGGUGAUGCAGAUGUCUGUGCUUCAGAGCUUGGAGGAUCAAAAAGAACAUUAGGAGAUGGUAUCUCUAAAGAAGAUGCAUAUAGUGCAGAAGAGGAAGAAACUGGUUUCAAAAUCCCUCCAGAAAACCAUCAGGGAGUAGAGAAUGAUGAACAAGAAGCAGAUGAGAGGGAAACAGAAACUGACUCUUCUCAUGAGGAAACCAAUAAAGGAUUACUUCACUCUGAGAAAUGCUUAGAUAACAACGCCUUACCAAAGGAAGAUUCUUUGGUUGAGAUUAGUUUUGAGGAUGAUGCGGAGGAUAGGUGCAUUUCUGAAGUUGUGGGAAAAGAUCUUGCGGAGGAUGCUGCGAUGGAGGAUACGAUGACUAAUGUAUCAGAAAUGGCCCAACAAGACGAGUUCAAGGAGCUUGCAUCAAAUUCACCCGAUUUGAUUGAAUCAGACGGUCAAGAUAAAGCUGCAAUGAUGAUCAUAAGGAAGGAAGUUAUGUCAGAAGAUGAGGAAAUACAAAGCCACGAGGCACCAUUUAAUACUCUGAAAGAUAAAGAGGAAACAACUCCUUUAGAUGAGAGUAAUGAUGAUGAAAGAGAGAUAGGUAGUAAAACCCCUGAAUUGGAAAACAAAAUUAAAGAUCUGGAAGUAGAUCCUAAAAAUGAUCAUGAAAUGCUUGAUGAAAAACUCAACCUAAAUAGAGAGAUGGAAGAUAAUAAUCCAUCUAAUGAGCAGGACGCUAAAGAAGAUGAAACAACACACACAGUUAGUACUGAAAGCUACAGUGAGAUGGAUGAUCAGGUCAUUAAUAAAAUGGUAAUACCAAACCCAUCACUUCUCACUGACUUAGAAAUGGCUGUGACAGAGAACAAAACCUUGGAGCAAAAUCAAGAACAUCUACCAGAACAGAAUGAGCAAAGUCCCAGAAUAGUUGGAGAGUCAGAUGAUGUUGCAGAAGAAAAGCAGGACACAUUGAAACAAGAAGAAGAAAUGGCUAAUUCUGAAGUGCAAGAGCCGAGUGAGAAACUGGAAAAAGAGGAGGCUAUGCUCGCUACUGUUUGUGCAGAUUUGACAGCUGAUGACCAUAAGGCGGAGGAAAGACCUGCUGCAUUUGAGGAGGACACCACAGAAUCUGGAAACAUCAAUGACAAGCAGGAGGAGUGCAGCCGACCCCAGGAGGAGGAGGACAUCAUGGACAUCCCCCUAGACGACCCGGAGGCCAACAGAGCUGCUGCCAAGAUUCAGGCUGGCUUUCGCGGCCACAUGACUCGUAAGAAGAUGAAGCCAGAGGACAAAACCGAAGGGGAGGAGGUGAGCAGCACUGGGGAUGUGCUCCCCAGCAGCCAGGGGGGCUCAGAGACAGGAAGAUCGGGGGCAGUAGAGAGAGACGACACAUCUGUGCCGGAGCAGUGAUGCCCCUGGCCUGACCUGAGUGAUGAGAAGGAGAAGAGUCAAGAGGAGGUGGUGAGAGAGGGCUGGCACAAGCUGGUUUUCUGGCUUACCUUUUUAACCCUGCCCCCUGCACAAAUGAUUCCCUUUUUUUUCUAACAUGAGUUAGCUCUAGAGAAUGAACAGUGUUGAGGGUGUGUUAUGUGAAAUAUUUGUGAACUUUAACACUCCCUCCUUGCUUCUUCGAUGGCCUCAUCAAUGCGGAUAUGUUUGACCCAGAAUUUGCAACUCACUGCAUGUACUUGUGAAACUUCUGGUACUGUGCUAGUUUUUAGAUCAUGAUCUGUGAAUGUGAAAAAUGAAUGUCCUCCAAAUGCUAAACAGGGCUUAUGUUUUUUGAAUGGAUCAGUACAUAUAUCCUGUGUAUACACCUUGUAUGCAUCACUUUUGGUGAUUAGUGGCCUAUCAUGUUUGUUGAUUUGUAGUGUUUAUUGCAGUGCUUGUAUUUUGACAGUUAUCUGAUUUGCUUACAAAAUUAUUAAAGCAUCCAAAUCACCAAAAGAAAGUAGCUAUGUAUGUUCUAUUUGUUCUUUUUAUUUUUUUUGACCGCCUGAUAAGUCUUUUCACAACUCCAAGCAUUUUUUCUAUAAAUCUGAUCUUCCAGAGCAUUAAGCAUGCAGUAUCUCCACUCUUAUCCAUAUGCAUUUUAGUACAGCAUUACCUUAUAUGACAGUUCUAUAUGCUCUCUUUUUGUGUUGUGUAUUAUGAGUUUUAAAUACCGGUACCCUUUAUGCUUCAAAAAUUAACAGAGUAAAAUCAGAGUUUUGGUGUAGAGACAUGGCAUUACACUAAUAAAUCCAUUCCAACCACACAGCGAAACGUGAAGAUGUGUUUGUUCCAGAAAGGCCACUUUUAUCUUCGUCUUUGCCUCGUUCUUCCGUUAAAUGGUGAAAUGUUCAGCAGCUCUUCCUUCUCUGCAACAGAAGCUGAGUAUUUAAUGAGAGGAAGCAUGUUUUAUUGAAAGUUAAACAUUGUUUGGUCUGCUGUG